GGCGAUAGACCUUGAGCCUCGCUUCCUGUGUGGCUGUGUGCGCGCGCGGGCCGCGGAGAGCCCGACCCGAGUGGCGACUGCGGCUCCCCCACCCACGCAUCCGGCUUGGAUCGAUCCCGGGGGUGGCGGAAGAUUCUAAGCCCACCCCUCCGAGCGCCUGAUCGGCCAUGGAAACCCAUGAAAACACUUUUGUGAGUAUUGAAAAAAGUGUGUGGCUUUCUUCUUGGGCCAAAGCAAUGACAGAACGUCCUCCUGUGGCACCUUAAAGGAAAGCAAACUCAUUUCAGGAGCAGUUUUUGUGGGCUGGACGCCACUUCGGUGCAUGCUUGACCCUUGGGGUCCCUUACAGCUCUACAGAUCUAUGAACCAAGUCAUCCUUUGUGUCAGCAAAUGCAUCUACUGCGGCCUGUAAACUUGACCCGUCCAUCAAAAUUUCAUCCCGCCGAUGAAGAGACCUGUUAUCUCAAAAUGGACCGCCUACCUUCCACCUCACCUCAGGUGGCUUUCCACUCGAGUUUGGAGGUUUCGACGUUUCAUAUUGUGAGGUUUUCCUCGGAAUUCCUGUGGUAAUUUUUGACUGUUUUGCAGCCAGAGCAGCACCGGAUUUAUGUAUAAGAUAAACAAGCUAUAGCUUAGGGCCCUACUCUCUUGGCCCUCCCCGCUCAAAAAAAUUUCACUAUUAAUAUACUUCUUCUUAAUUGUAUUUCAGUUCAACAAUUACUUUGAUCAAAUACAUAUUUUGUAAUGUGGAAAUGGCUUUAGAUACCUAUUAAGUCCAUAAAUUACCACAUAGCAUAUAUUCAACACAAAAAACAGCAACAGUUUGUUGUUGACAAAGGACAGCUGGAUAUAUAAAGGGCCCCAUUCCCUUCAGUAGCUUAGGGCCUCAUCAAACCUAAAUCCGGUGUUAUCCCCACUUUUUUAGGAAAAGCUGGAGACGGUUUCUAGGAGAUAAAAAUAGGACUCUUCCUUCUGGGGCAGAAGGUUUUUCAUGGAAGCACCGCCACAGCCAAGGACAUCGGGUAUAAGGAAGGAGUACCCGUGCCCAGAGUGCGGGAGGAAUUUUAAACGGAACUCUCACCUUGUCCGACAUAAACGGCUCCACACGGGCGAAAAGCCUUACAAAUGCCCGGAGUGUGGGAAGAGCUUCCGCCAGAGCACAGAUGUUAAUACACACAGGAGAAUCCACACAGGAGAAACGCCCUUUCACUGCAACCAGUGUGGGAAAAGCUUUCGCUACCGGACGGGUCUCGUGAAACACGUGAGGGGCCACGAGGAGGAGAAAGCAAAGGCCUGCCGGAGUUGCCUGGAAUGCGGGAAAAUCAUCAGCGGCACUUUAGUCUCCGUUGCCAGCCAGACGUCCCCCGCGGUGGGAAGAUCCCAUAAAUGCCCCGACUGUGAGAAAAACACCCAAGAGAGCUCCCAUCUUGUCGUGCACGUACCGGGCCGUGCAACGGAAGAAAACUAUAUGUGUCCCGACUGCGGAGAAGGGUUUUGCCACAGCUUUCAGCUUAUUGGACACAGGAACCUCCACGCCAGAUUUCAGAUUCCUAAUCCCGGUACUCUCUGCGGCCUAGAGCCGGGCGUGGCGCCUUUGCCCUCGGACCAUCAGGAUGAGGAGCAGAGGGAGAGUCCAGGAAGCAUCUGUAGAGCCUGUGAUGGUGCUGUUCCUAUGGAGUGUAAGGAAGAGGACCCCUCAUCCCACGAGAGACUUUCUCGGACGUUACUGGGAAGGCUGCAGAUACUGGAUCCCCGAAGGAAAGAGGCCUCUAAGGCGAGGCCCGGCUUCUCCAGGGGGCAGUGGAAACGGCCGGCGGCGAGGGGAAGGGAAUCGGCGGAGGACGGGAGUGCCGCCUCUCAUGUGUGUGAGCGGUUCCUCCGCUCAGAGAGGCGGCACCUCUGCUUCAUGUGCGGGAAGAGGUUCCGGUACGAGUCCCACCUGGUCACUCACGAGCGGAUCCACACAGGAGAGAAGCCCUUCGAAUGCAGCACCUGCCACAAGAGCUUCCGGGACCGCUCAGACCUGAGCAAGCACCAGAAAACUCACUCGGCGGACAAACCUUACAAGUGUCUCGACUGCGGCAAAAGCUUUCACCACCAGUUGACCUUUAUUAGGCACCAGAGGCUUCAUCCCAGGGAGAGCUCCUCCUGCGAUCCGAGCCGGGUGUAUUUUGCCAUCCUCCCCUCGUACCACGUGGGCGCAGAGAUGAGCAUUGGGGAUGGGACGGAGACCCCUGAGAGCCUUGGCUUUCCUUUUAAACAAAAAGUGACAAUGUGGCAAGUGUAAGGAAGGCGGAGAGCUUUUUUUGGAGUGAAAGGCCUGUGCUUUCACAUAAAAACUUGGAUGCUGUUGAAGAGAUUUAAGAAAUCACGUUCCAAGACCUGCAAAAUGGGGUGGGGGCGAGAGACCACGUAAGCCACGGAGCUUUUCCACAGAGCAAGACAUCUUGCAGGAAGAGGAGGAGUCAGUCGCCUGCUUGAGAUUUGAUCGAAACCACGUUCCGGUUUAGAAGCCACGCAGCCAAGAAACCACAAAUUGCUGGAAAGGUUUAAAGCGAUACUCAUGCACCGUUGUGCGUCAAAGAUUGUACGCUCUGGAGGAGUCCAGCCAAAGCACAAAUUCUAGGAACAUUUUUUUAAUGCAAGUUUAAAGGCUAAGCUGCAAAGAAUCCCUAGAAUGGCAAAAUUAGACCAUUUCACUGCCCUUCUGGAAAGUAUGCUGUGGAAGAGAACUUGUUCUGUCAGACCUUCUUUGCUGUUCCUUCUGCAGGGUUUCCCCUCUUCCAAUGUGCAAGCCUUGAUUUAUGUCAGAGAAGCCAUGGCGGAGCAGGAACCCUUUUGAUAAGAAAAGUUUCACAUACAAUAGGAGAAAGCUUACAAAUGCCCAGAGUGAGGAAAUACUGUGUUGCCAAAUCCUACUAUUAUAAAGUUACACUGUCAAGUUGCUUUGAGACUUUUGGGGCAAGAAUGGUAAUAAAUAAUAUUAAUAGUCAAUGGCGCUGUGGUCUAAACCACUGAUCCUCUUGGGCUUGCCGAUCAGAAGGUUGGUGGUUCGAAUCCCCACGACGGGGUGAGCUCCCGUUGCUCGGUCCCUGCGCCUGCCAACCUAGCAGUUCGAAAGCAAAAACGUGCAAGUAGAUAAAUAGGUACCGCUCCGGCAGGAAGGUAAACGGCAUUUCCGUGUGCUGCUCUGGUUUCGGCGCUCUGUUGCGCCAGAAGCGGCUUAGUCAUGCUGGCCAUAUGACCCGGAAAAACUGUCUGCGGAAAAACGCCAGCUCCCUCGGUCUGUAAAGUGAGAUGAGUCAUAUGUGACUGGACUUAACCCCAGAGUUGUCUGUGACUGGACUUAACUGUCAGGGGUCCUUUACCUUUUUUUUUAUAAGAGGGAAACCAGAAGUGUGGUUGUACAGUAUGCUAGAAGGAAUUUGCUUUUGAGGGCCCUGGCUUCACACAGGAUCCCUCUGGAUGAAGGACUUACGUUCCUACUUUUUUUUCUAGACUACCUGGCAAUAUUAUAGACACUUGUUCAUUCAGAGGUUUAUAAGCAGAGGCUGAUUGGUUGCCUAUCGUGGAUGAUGCAACCCAGGUGUUUGUGUGUGGGGAAACCUUUGGCCCUCUGGAUGCUGCUGAACUACAACUCCCAUCAUCCCUGGCCAUUGGCUGUGCUUCUUGGGGCAGAUGGGAGUUGUAGUUCAUCAGCAUCUGGAAGGCCAGAGGUUUCCCACGCCUGGUAUAGCAGGUGGAUUUCCUUUAUUGGCAUGGCAGGGUCAAAUACAGAGUCUUUUGAGGUCCGUUCCAAUGCUAUGAUUGCAGCAUUUGGGACUUUUGAGUUUAGGGGAAAUAGGAGUAAGAGACAAGAAGACGGAUGUCUAUAAAAGUAUGCAUAGGAAGGAGAAAGUGCAUUGAUACAAGUUUUUCUCCCGUUCUCUCUCAUAGCACUAGAACUAGUGCACAUCCAGUGUAACUUGAGUGUUGGAAGAAUCAGUACUUAUUCACACAGCAUAACCUAGUAAAAUGAUGGAAUUUGCUUCUGCAGUGAUGGCCGCCAUCUUGGAUGGCCUUAAAAGAGGAUUGGACAAAUUCAGGGACGGCAAGGCAAACAAUGGCUACUGACUCUGAUGGCUAUUCUCUGCCUCUGCUUCUGAAGAGCGAUUGCUGGAAACUGGAGGAGGGGAGAGUGGCUGUUGUGCUCAGAUCCUGCUUGCCGGUUUCCCACAGCCAUCUGUUUGGCCACUGUGAGAACAGGAUGCUGGCCUAGAUGGGCCACUGGCCUGAUCCAGUCAGCUCUUCUCACAUUCUUAUGAUUCUGUGACAUCAUUUGUCAGGAACGAGCCAGCGCCAAGAGAAAGUUUGCAGCCAACUGCAGAAAGCAGCCAGGAACAGAAAGGCUUAGGUGAAAGUCAGGCGGGGAGACCCAUCAGCUGCAGACUUCAGCUCUUCCACACCUUGAUGGGCAGGGUGAUAAGGCAGUAGCUGAGAGGAGGCUAGAAAACAGCUAAAGCUCACAGUAAGCACAAAUAGGAGCGAAUAGAUUCAGAGACAGCCUCUCAGAACAAGAAGAGGGUGGGGCUGAUUCACUAAGUCCGAGGAGUUGGCAGAUGGGAGGGCUGCUAGACAGGAAGCAAAACGAGACGGAAAGGUCGUAAGUUCAGUAUCUUCUGUUGACGCGGGAAGGAGUCUUCAGAAGGGUCAUCUUGAGUAAUGAUGCCGGAGGCUUUGUCGGAGCCGUCCGGAGCUGUUUGUUUUUGCAAUAAAUCCUCCUUUUUAAUUA